UAGAGCUGUGAGUGGAGGCGCUGCCGUGGAGCCACCGCCCCCUCGCUGCUUCGCGUCUUGUUUGGGAGCCGGAUCGCGGCGCGACUGGGGUGCCCUGAUGGUCCCCGGCAGGCGGCAGCGGCAGAGGCGGCGGGAGGAUGACCUCUCCCCGGGAGCGGGGUGCCGACCUGGCCCGAUUCUACACUGUCACCGAACCCCAGCGACACCCGAGGGGCUACACGGUAUAUAAGGUCACCGCCCGGGUUGUUUCACGAAGAAAUCCAGAGGAUGUCCAGGAGAUAAUCGUGUGGAAGAGAUACAGUGACUUUAAGAAACUACACAAAGAACUAUUACAAAUUCACAAAAACUUAUUCCGACAUUCAGAAUUGUUUCCUCCAUUUGCUAAAGGAAUAGUGUUUGGACGAUUUGAUGAAACGGUUAUUGAAGAGAGAAGACAGUGUGCUGAAGACCUGUUGCAGUUCUCUGCUAAUAUUCCUGCUCUUUAUAACAGUAAACAGCUUGAAGAGUUUUUCAAGGGUGGAAUAAUUAAUGAUGGUUCUGAGUUGAUUGGUCCUGCUGAAGCUUGUUCAGACUCCCCCAUUGAUAGCUUUCCUGAGUGUAGUACAGAAGGCUUCUCCAGUGACAGUGAUAUGAUAUCUCUUACUGUUGAUGUGGAUUCUCUUGCUGAGUUAGACGAUGGAAUGGCUUCCAAUCAAAAUUCUCCCAUUAGAACUUUUGGUCCCAAUCUUCCUUCGGAUUCGUCAGCACUAGGCGCUGUUGCUUCUGACAGCGAACAGAACAAAACAGAGGAAGAACGGGAAAGUCGUAGCCUCUUUCCUGGCAGUUUAAAAUCCAAGCUUGGCAAGAGAGAUUAUUUGGAGAAAGCAGGAGAAUUAAUAAAGCUGGCUUUAAAAAAGGAAGAAGAAGACGACUAUGAAGCUGCCUCCAAUUUUUAUAGGAAAGGAGUUGACUUACUCCUAGAAGGUGUUCAAGGCGAGUCCAGCCCUACCCGUCGAGAAGCUGUGAAGAGAAGGACAGCGGAGUAUCUCAUGCGAGCGGAGUCUCUCUCUAGCCUUUAUGGAAAACCUCAGCUUGAUGAUGUCUCUCAGCCUCCAGGAUCACUAAGUUCAAGGCCUCCUUGGAACCUAAGGAGCCCUGCCGAGGAGCUGAAGGCCUUCAGAGUCCUUGGGGUGAUUGACAAGGUUUUACUUGUAAUGGACACAAGGACAGAACAGACAUUCAUUUUAAAAGGUCUAAGGAAAAGCAGUGAGUACCGCACGAACAGAAAGACCAUCAUCCCCCGCCGUGUGCCCAACAUGGUGUGUCUGCACAAGUACAUCGUUUCCGAGGAGUCAGUAUUUCUUGUGCUGCAGCACGCAGAAGGUGGCAAACUCUGGUCAUAUAUCAGUAAGUUUCUAAACAGAAGUCCUGAAGAAAGCUUUGACACCGAGGAAGUGAAAAAAUCUACACUUACUAAAGUUCCCCUUCAACAGCCAAUUUGUAGUCCUCAGGACAGCAGCAGCUUCGAAUCCAGAGGAAGUGAUGGUGGAGCCACGCUUAAAGUUCUGCCUUUGAAGACAAGACUCACUCCAAGCUCUCAAGAUGAGAGCAUCCAAGAUGACGAUGGCCAAGACAGCUCUCCAAAAUGGCCAGAUUCGGGCUCAAGUUCAGAAGAAGAAUGUACUACUAGUUAUUUGACAUUAUGCAAUGAAUAUGGACAAGAAAAGAUUGAACCAGGGUCAUUGAAUGAGGAGCCUUUCAUGAAGGUGGAAGGGAAUGGUGAUACCAAAGCUAUUGAAAAUUUCCCAGCACACCUUGUUGCUGACAGUGACAGCCCCAGCACACAGCUGAUAGCCCAUGAGCUGAAGUUCUUCCUUGGAGAUGAUGAUCUAGAAGCAGGCAGUUCUCCAAGAACAUCAGAUUCCCUAAGUAGAUCUAAAAACAGCCCCAUGGAAUUCUUUAGAAUAGAUAGUAAGGAUAGCACUAGUGAACUCCUUGGACUUGAUUUUGGAGAAAAACUGUAUAGUUUUAAGUCAGAGCCUUUGAAACCAUUUUUCACUCUUCCAGAUAUGGACAGCACUCCUAGGAGUUUUAAUGCUAGUGAAAGCAAGGUAGAGUUUGUAGCUCAAGACACCAUCAGCAGGGGCUCAGAGGACUCUGUCCCAGUUAUUUCUUUUAAAGAUGCUGCUUUCGAUGAUGUCAGUAGUACUGAUGAAGGAAGGCCUGAUCUUCUUGUAAAUCUACCUGGUGAAUUGGAGUCAACAAAAGAUGGCCCAGCAGUGGGACCGACUAAGUUUACACAGACUAAUAUAGGCAUCAUAGAAAGUAAACUGUUGGAAGCCCCCGACGUUUUAUGCCUCAGGCUUAGUACUGACCAGUGCCAAGCACAUGAAGAAAAAGGCACAGAGGAGUUGAGUGAUCCCUCUCGUCCUAAAUCCCAUGGUGUCACGGACAAACACUGUGCACAGGGGGAUCUUGGGAUGUUAUUUGUGGCAGCUGUUGGUCAUAGUAGUACAGGAGACAUGUCUUUGUUACACAGCUCAGAUCCUAAGUUUCAAGGACCUGGGGUGGUUGAGUCAGCUGUGACUGCAGACAGCACAGAAGAAAGCUUAUUCCAUAUUUCUAACAAUGCACUUGCAGGUGCUAACGAAUAUAAUGUCGACACAGACACUUUAAAAACUGAAGAAGUUUUGCUGUUUACAGAUCAGACUGAUGAGUUGGCUAAAGAGGAACUGGCUGUAUUUCAGAGAGACUCUGAGACUAAGGGAGAGAGUGGGUUUGCCCUAGAAGGAGACAAGGAAAUACAUCAGAUUUUUGAGGACCUUGAUAAAAAAUUAGCACUAAACUCCAGGUUUUACAUCCCAGAGGGCUGCAUUCAAAGAUGGGCAGCUGAAAUGGUGGUAGCCCUUGAUGCUUUACAUAGAGAGGGAAUUGUGUGCCGCGAUUUGAACCCAAACAACAUCUUAUUGAAUGAUAGAGGACACAUUCAGCUAACGUAUUUUAGCAGGUGGAGUGAGGUUGAAGAUUCCUGUGACAGCGAUGCGGUAGAGAGAAUGUACUGUGCCCCAGAGGUUGGAGCAAUCACGGAAGAAACUGAAGCCUGUGAUUGGUGGAGUCUGGGCGCUGUCCUCUUUGAACUUCUCACUGGCAAGACUCUGGUUGAGUGCCAUCCAGCGGGAAUAAAUACUCACACCACUUUGAACAUGCCUGAAUGUGUCUCUGAAGAGGCUCGCUCACUCAUUCAACAGCUCUUGCAGUUCAACCCUGUGGAGCGUCUUGGUGCUGGAGUUGCUGGUGUUGAAGAUAUCAAAUCUCAUCCAUUUUUUACCCCUGUGGAUUGGGCAGCACUGAUGAGAUGAACAUAGUACAGGAUUAAGGGCACACAUUCUGAUCUCUUCUGUGAUGGGCGUCUCCGGCACAGAGACCGCACGGCCAUUUAAAGAGCACCAGUGCAUUGGGAUAGAGACCUUUAGAGGAAAUGGGGGAAGAAAAAGACUGAAAGAGAACAAUUCCUUUACGAUUAAUGUCUGGACAAGAUAUUGGCUCCAUUGGCAAGGGGCUGUUAUGCACUAACGUUUAACCAAGAUGUGGUCUUUACCUGCACUUAGUGUUGCAGAUGAGUUGUGAACCCAGCUGAAGGAGGAGUGCCCUUCAAGAACUUCCUGAUAGGAACUCCAAGUGUAGAAUUGUUACUCGAAAGGAGGACCUUUACAUGGCAGCUAACAGUGCUUUCUGCUCACUAAGAUUGAUUUAUAUGAUCAAAUUAAUCUUCGCUGAAUAAUAUACUAACAGUGCUUCAUGAACAGUGUCAUCUGUGGAGAAUAAAAAGUGUGGGAAAAAAGCAUACACACUUCAUGUCUGAUAGGAAACCUGUGCCACAAUGCUAUAUAAUUAAUGUAUGUUGAAUGCAGUCUGAUACUGUUUUGUCCUUGCAGAAGUCCACGUGGGAAAAAAACACUUAACAUUGUCAACUUUAUACUUUGUUGAUUGAUUCUGCUUACAGAAGGGUUCGUAUAAACCCUCAUUGUCUCUCUCUUCAACUUUAUCUUUGAAUCUCCUGUACCCUUUGCCUGUUCUUUCAUAUUCUGUUCUUCCUACUCCCACUAAUACAUAUGUAGCAAGAAAGGGAAGGGAGUAUUUAUUUUCCCCAAUUGUAUCAACCUAAGGACUAAAAUCAUGAUGCAAAAUAAAUGGUAAAAAUUUAAAUUUCCUCUUCAUUUAAUUGCUUAAACUUCUCUUUUUGAAAGGCCUUUCUUCAUUUUGUAAUGUUAGCAAUUUCUGCUGCUGCUUAUGCUUGACUUCAUUUUAGUUUUUGGUUUGGUAUCCUGUGAACCAAAGGAUCUCAUUUAAAUGGAAUUGAUUGGCAGUCCUCCUUCAUUACUUAGUAAUGGCGUUUUCAGAGUUGACCUCCUUAUCUCUUUGACUAUCUAUUGUAUAGAAAGAACAUGAGUAUUUACACAUAUCCAGACUUUGUAUUUGGUAUUUAUGUUGCUAAGAUAGCUCUUGUAGUCAUGCUUUGUUUACAAUAAUUUCCAAAUGUUUUAAAAGUGUUCGUCUGUUUUUUUUUUAAACUUUAUCCAAAGAAGAAAGAGCAAGUCAUGAUUUACAAGUUAGGAUCUACCAGAAAUAAUGAAAGUUUCUGUCUGCUUUAAUCCUUUGUACUUUUGAGAUCUGUGUGAGAGCCCAUUUCUACUCCAAGAGCAUCUGUACAGCUUUCAUCUGCCAUCAGCCAGGCCCACCCAUCAAAUUAAAUGGAAGCUGAAAAUGCUUUAGUGAAACAAAGGAAAUGUGCAAGCAUUUUUCCCUUUUCUACUGUCUUACUCCCCCUUUUUCCUUUUGGUCCCCUUGUAAGCUGAACCCCAGCUGAAGGACUGUAACAACACCAGGAUGGGGAGCAGGUCACCAGGAUCAUAGCUCAAUCAAGUUGACAUCACUCCCUGGAACUGGAUUUCAGCUUACUAGCCCUCUGGCCGCCUAACAGGAACUCAUGCAGGUGAGACACAAGAAUGACUUCCUGUGUAGGACUAGUAGGAAAUCUGUAAGUGCUUAGAACUGGCUGUUACAGAGCUUCCUUCCAGAAGUGCCCUUUGACAUGAAAGCAGGACUUCACAACGAAGGUGAAGCCCCUAACCCCACCGCAUGAUUUUGAUCCCUUGGAUUCAGAGGACAGUAAUGUCAACAGAUGGUUGCUGUUUCAAUGUGUUGACAUAAUUCCAUUGUUUCAAUUUUUCUCUCUCUUUGUAUGUUUGAUUGGAAUUUGCUCUUCAUUUAAGUACAUCCUUCACAAUCAUGGUGGACAUGAAUUAUUUUAGUAAUCGACACACAGGAUAAAUGUCUUUGGGGUAAUGAGCUGAGGUCUGCUUUUAUUUGAUGAUGUAUAUUAGAAAUGUUGUUAGUAUAGCUAAUGCUGUGGGUGAUACUUUCGUUGGUGGUCUGUUUUGAGCAUAUGUCAUGUGGGUCAAAAUCAUAAAGGAACUUGCCACUUA